UCUGCACAGGCUUGCCAGCCCCGACUUCUAUUUCAACUUUUCGAGACUCGCAGCCGCAAGGGAAAAAGAAAUGGAAGGACGACCUCGCGGCGGCGCCAUGGACUUCACGCUCGCGGCGCUGAAGCUCUUCGGCUCCCAGCUAGCAGGCUCCACCACGGCUCCCUCCUCCGAGGGCUCCUCCCCCGCACAGAUGCUCUUCGGCAUCCGCUUCCAGCGCGCCUGGCUCCAGGGCGUGAUCGUGCACGCGGACUACAGCACAGGCGAUGGGACACUUUCUCUGGAUGACGGCUCCUGCGUCACCGAGCUCAUUCUCCAAUCCAAACAUGCCGAGGGCCAGUCCUGGCGGCCAGGGAUGUAUGUGUUUAUAAUUGGGGCAUAUAUUGCCCCGGAGUCUUCAGAGAAUCUACCAAUGAUGAAGGUGCACAAGAUAGUUGAUCUCUCUGCGCAUCCCGACCGUGAAGCAAUGUGGUAUAUGGAAGUAACCGAGGCGUACAACUUCUUCUACUCGCGUGCUGGCUCCCCAUCUUGAGCACCGGUGCAUGUUUCUAUCCUGAUGCUUGGUUUCAGUGUAGCCCAUGCAUCCCCAACGGCAAACGCUCUUACAUAGCUGCCACUGCUUCUCUAGUUCCCUCUGUACCUGUGUCAUCGCCUGGUUCGCACCCUCGUUUGUUCCUUAUGACUCCUGCAUUGUUGUGGAGUGGUGCUGGCGAAAAGACCUAAAUCUAGCGAUUGUUUCUCUGUAUCUUACGAGCAGAGAGAGAGAGAGAGAGAUCUAUCUCUCUAAAUAUAAUCCUAGUUCUCUUGCUCUCUACAACCACAAGAGUUUAUUUAUCUCAAGAGACACUAUAUGGAUGUCUAAGUACGGAAGGAAAAUAAAGAAUGAAUUGAUUGUUCAUA